AUGACUUCGUAUGUGAUUUCGGCCGUGGUGAAGCCGGCCAUGUCCCUGGAGAAACUGCAUGGAAAAACAGACCUAAUUGUCGGUGGUCGUUCGAAGACGUCAGUCAUGUACAAAGAUCAAAGGAUGAUGAUUUUUCCGAGGCGAAUGAUGAUGGACAUAAACGGCGACUUUAAGAAGCAAAUUUCAAGGUUUCAGAAGAUUGUGGAUGUAGUGCACACUGAAGCUAGAAAAAGGAUAAGGCGGAAGUCAGGAAGGAAGUAUAAUGUUAUAGAAAAGAUGUUAGAGGAGAAGUUGGUUGAAGAAGAAAGCAUGGAAGUAACGAAAGAGGACGACUCUGAAGAUGAGAGUAUGGUUUUGGAGCUGGUAGACGAUGGGAAUCAGGGUUUGGAUUCAGAAGACGAAGAAAGUAAGUUUUUUUGAUGUUUUACAAGGUUUAGCUUCAAAAAACUAUAUUAUAUUAUAAAAACUUGUAUUUUUGCUUUGUUUUGUACUUCAAAUGUUAAAAUUUUGUUUUUUAUAUUGUGAUAGACCAUCACUUUAUUUUUAAAAGUGGUUUUAGACGCUUUAAUUUAAAAACAUUAUGAUAAGGUAAUUCUAGAUGAUGAAGAAGAGAUGAUGUGUGAUGUAGAAGAUGAUAAAACCAAAUAUGGUGCAAGACUAACACAAACGUUUGAAAAAUAUGUGAAACAAACCGAUCUUUCUCAACUAAAAGUCAAAAUUGUCAAGUAUCUAGUCAAGUUCUUCCUCGGCAGGCCAUUCGAAGGGUUUCUUUUGGAAAUAUGGAAUCCACCCUGCCCAUUUCAAGUUGUUCACGAUCUUGAAAUUGAAGAAGGCGUUUUUGUGAAGCUAAAACUGCCCAAGUCGCCGAACUGCAUUAUGACCAUCAAGCCAAAUGGAUGCGUUGAAGUUUCACGCAUUCGGACCGUUGACGAUAUUCUGGUAGCAAUCAAAUGCUUGGAUGCUUUGAAAAGUUUGGCAAACAAAAAAGCUAUGCGAGAAAUGGCACCGGCUGCUGCUUCAACGGCUUCAGCAAGCCCGACCUCGGGUUUAGGAGCUUCAACGAGGAUGGUACAGGCUUCAGUAGCUCCAAAUAGUGUGGUACCGACUGCGAGGGAUCCUACAAGAAUGGUAACGAAUUCAGUGACUCCUGGAACAGUAAUGCCGACUUCACGGCUUUCGUCAAGUGUGAAUAGCAAUAGUGGCCAAAGGUAGUCUUUAUUUUUUAAAUUCAAAGUAGUGUUACUGUAACUUAAAUUUUAUUAUUUUUUCAGCGGUACGAAUUUAGCUGGCAUUGCUAUGACUCAAAAUGGCACUGUGAUGACUCAAGUAGGACCAGUGCAACAACCUGGUGCUAAUAUGUAUUUAAAUGGUGCUAAUAUGGCUCAAAAUGGCGCUGUCAUGGCUCAAGGAGGACCAAUGCAACAACCUGGACCUAAUAUGUAUCCAAAUGUUAAUAUGGCUCAAGUAGGAGCAAUGAGGCAACCUGGAGUUAAUGUGAAUCCAAAUGACUUGAAUAUGACUCAAAAUGGCACAAUGAUGGCCCAAGGUGGAAUUUUGCGACAAACAGGUCCCAAUAUGUAUCCAACUGGUUCUAGUAUGACUCCAAAUGGCUACGAUCCUAAUAUUUAUAGAACAGGUAAGGAUGUUUUAUAAAAUUAUAUUUUUUUUAGGUCCAAACAUGUAUCCAAAUGGCCAAAAUAUCAAUCAAAAUGGUACUUCAAUGAUGUCAAAUGGAUAUCCUCAGCAGUAUAUGGUUCAGAAUGGACAGCAAACUAAUGGUACCCAACUGACUGGUCCACAAUGUUACAGUUAUCCGAACGUCUCCCAAAUUCCUGGUCAACAACCAUACACUUAUCCAAAUAAUACUGCAAUUGCUGGUCAUCAACCUUACAUUCCUAGUACAAGUAUGGCUCCAAUUGGAAAUCAGGUAAUGCCUGGUACUCAUAUGCCUCAAGCUGGCACCCAAAUGGCUUCAAAUGGUCUUCAGCCGCAAAUGGUACCAUCCAGUACUAACAUGUUUGCUAAUGGUACUCAUAUGUCAUCUAAUGGUUAUCAUAUGAAUCAGCAUGGUACUCAACUGGCUUCGAAUGGUACCUAUAUGGCUCAAAAUGGUACUCACAUAGCUCAAAGUGCUACUAAUGUUUAUGGUCUCUCGGGUAUACUUCAUCAACCACAAAUCUAUCAAACUGGUACUAGUGUACAUGGAAAUGGAUUUCCAAUAAUACGUAAUGGCACUAAUCUUGUUCAAAUGGCUCAGAAUGGUACUACACCGCCUCCAAACGGGCCUGUAAUGAUGUCAUCUAGCACUUCUUCACCUAUUACCAGUACGAAUGGGCAAGUACAUCCAAUGUCACAAGCUGGUAUGCUUCAAAAUGGACAUCAAACUAUGGUACCUGGUACUUCUUCACUUAGUACUAGUAACAAUGAACAACGACCACUAAUUGCGCCAACUGGUAUGCUUCCAAAUGGACAUCAAAGUAUGGCACCUGUUACUUCUUUAACUAGUACUAGUACCAAUGGGCAAGGAUAUCCAAUGUCACAAGCUGGUAUGCUUCCAAAUGGUACUCAAAUGCCCCAAACUAGAGCCUUACGUCUUGUACCAAAUGCUUAUGUACGUCCAGAUGGGGUUAUAUUGCAAAUCUUGCCGGCCACCAACCAAAGUAACAUACCCAAAGGACCUAUCGAGUACAAGUUUCCGAAUGGCAUGAUGAUAACACCAAAUGGUCUUCACCCUGCUACAUCUCGACCUCAGCUACGCAAAAUUGUACCCGGCACUUAUAUAUGUCCAGACGGAACACAAUUCCAAGUACAUCCGUUCGAUGCACCGGUUCAGUACUAUGAGAGAACGAAAAUGUUAUGGUUCAAUGCAGCUCCGAAUGGCAGCACGCCUCAGACUGGACCACCUGGUACUGGUCCUCAAAUUGGUUCUGGUUUGCCGACGACUCCAAAUGGUACAGCUGCGAGUGUGAAUGGUACUCCAACUGGACCAGGAUUGAUGAUGGUCCCAAAUGGUAGUUUUAAUGGUUCUCAAAGCCAAUUUCCAGCUGUGACAGUGAAUCAAAACGGACUUCAAACUCCACCAGUGAACCAAAGUGCACCACAAGCUUUAUCAGUGAACCACAUUGGCCCUCAAGCCUCGUCAGCGGACCAAAAUGGCCCUCAAGCCUCGUCAGUGGACCAAAAUGGAUCUCAGUGCUCAAAAAAUAACGAAAUUCAAACCCCAAAUGAAAAUACGAAGCCAUCACCAAAAAUCAGCACUGGCCCAAGCGGAAAAUUCACGGUAAAUGAUUGUUACGUUGUCAAGAAGGAAGACGCAUCUACAAAACCAUCGGCCAAAGAUGAGGUUCGAAACGAAAUAAAGGAUGACAAAAAGCGGAUUCAUUGCGGAAAUCGCACGUACGAAGUUGGCAUGGAUGUGAACGUGAAUUUGCCCGAAAAUAAUCCUGAUGUGCGCGCUAGGGAAUUUGGUACCGUUCGAAACACGUACUCAUUGAAUGACGAAGCGCAUGUCCCGCCUACUACAGAUGGAAAAAUGUUCGCCAUUCCCGAAAUCUCUGAUAAAGGUAAGUUAUUUAAAUAAUAAAAUACGAUUUUUUAUACGUUAUUUUAAGUAUUUUACCUUUAAAUAACAUUUUGUAAUUUAGAAGAUGUUAUCGAGAUGGAACAGGAAUUCCGAGCUCGUAUGGAACGUGAAUAUGAUGCAUAUCAGAAUAGGGCCAUAGAAAUUGCGCGGGCCAAUGGCGUCCUUGGUCCAAAUGAGACUCGUCUAGUGUCAGUCCCUCAGAAUGAUACAAGUGGUGCUCAAAAUGGACUACCGACUAGUGGUCAACAACCUACCACAAGUUCGGCCCAAAAUGGCGGUAAUCCCGACGUUAAUGGACAGAACAACAACACAACUCCAAAAGCUGGCCCUGCUCAAAACCCCUCGACUGGUACUUCACAGUCUGCCACAACUACGGCUCAAAAUGAAAAUAGCUCCCAACCAACUAACGCUACAGACGCCGCGCCUUCAGAAGAAACUCAUAUCACGUUCCGAGGAGUAUGGUUCAGACGACCAGUAUCCGGCGAAACCGAAGAAGAAUCAGCAGCUCGUCGGACGGGAAAUCGUGCCCUGCUCACACAACAAAUGAUCGACCAAAACGGUGUACAAGACUACGAAUGCGAACCGGUCCUCCAAGAAUAA